CAAAUGUGCCUCAGUGUCGAAUAAUCAUCCCGUUCUCUAGCGAUUACAAUUAGCCCCCUAAAACAAAAAUCCUUCCCCCAACUGGUAACUCCAACCCCCCACGUUUCCAGUGACCCCAAAUAACCCACCGCCUCUUCAAUAAACCAAAACCCCUUACCACCUCGAAUGCAGAACUCCUGUUUUUGUCAAAUGGUAACGUAGUUAUUCGGGAACUCGUUUGUGUUGAGUGAAAUGCUGGAUCGACUUCCUGUUCAUGGCGAUACCCCGUAGCUUCGUAAGCGUCGUCCAUCGUAUUGAGAGUGCUUCAGUCAAUCGUCCACAAGAAUAAAAAAAAACACAUACACACACACACGCAAAGCGAUAAAGAGACAAUAAGCCCGCCGAAUGCAACAUUCCCCGGAAUAAAUAAAUCAAUUAAAUCGUCAAGUGACCGAAGUGUGCAUGUGCCAGUUACUAAAUAAACAGUGCUCCCUCCAUCAAGAGUAUUAAAUAAAUGAACGCUCCUGGUAACUAUUGCAUUUUCAUGAUAAAUUCUUGAAUCCUUUGGGACGUCUUUGACCCGUGCACAGGCCAUCGAGGGUACAAAGACCCCCCAGAGAGCUCUGUAUCGUGAAAUGAUCAACAUGGAGACGGACAAAAUCAUUGAUGACACAAAUACCAACUUGCAGUAUCCGAUGACGAUAUUAUACGACACAGGGGUUCGUAAGAAAGAGGCAUCCUCACAAGCACUUGCACUUACCAGCCAAUACACGCAGGAGCGGGAAAUGUGUAUGAAGUACUUUGAGAGAUGGAGCGAACCGGAGCAAGUGCAUUUUGUGGAACAGUUGCUGGCCAAGAUGUGUCAUUAUCAGCAUGGACACAUUAACACGUUCCUCAAACCUAUGCUCCAAAGGGAUUUUAUAUCUUUGUUGCCCAAAAAAGGGUUGGAUCAUGCAGCCGAGAGUAUCCUCUCUUACUUGGACGCUGAAUCGUUAUGCUCAGCCGAGCUCGUCUGCAAAGAAUGGUACAGAGUAAUAAGUGAGGGAAUGCUGUGGAAGAAAUUGAUCGAGCGUAAAGUGAGAACAGACUCGGUAUGGCGAGGUUUGGCUGAGAGAAGAGGUUGGAUACAAUAUUUAUUCAAACCACGUCCUGGUGAAAAUCAUCCAAAUCACACAUUCUACAGAAAUUUAUUCCCAAAUAUAAUGAAGGAUAUUGACAGUAUCGACAACAAUUGGCGUAUGGGCAAUCAUAAAUUACAAAAAAUCAAUUGUCGUAGUGAAAAUUCAAAGGGCGUUUACUGUCUUCAAUACGACGAUCAGAAAAUAGUAUCUGGUUUGAGAGACAAUACUAUUAAAAUAUGGGACAGAAAUUCACUCCAGUGUAUCAAGGUGUUAACGGGUCACACUGGCUCAGUACUAUGUCUACAGUAUGAUGAUAAGGUCAUUAUAUCUGGAUCGUCGGAUAGUACUGUUAGAGUCUGGGAUGCCAACACUGGGGAAAUGGUUAACACGCUGAUUCAUCAUUGUGAAGCUGUCUUGCAUCUGAGAUUUAACAAUGGAAUGAUGGUAACGUGUUCUAAGGAUCGUUCAAUAGCAGUUUGGGACAUGACCUCACAAACGGAAAUUGCCCUUCGUCGUGUUCUUGUUGGCCAUCGUGCUGCUGUUAAUGUCGUUGAUUUUGAUGAAAAAUACAUCGUAUCAGCGAGUGGUGAUAGAACAAUUAAAGUAUGGAACACCUCAAGCUGUGAAUUCGUCCGAACUCUAAAUGGACAUAAACGUGGUAUUGCGUGUUUGCAAUAUAGAGAUCGUUUGGUGGUUAGUGGUAGCAGCGAUAAUACAAUAAGACUGUGGGACGUUGAGUGCGGUGCGUGUUUACGUGUACUCGAGGGACAUGAAGAACUUGUUCGGUGUAUCAGAUUCGACAGGAAGCACAUUGUUAGCGGAGCUUAUGAUGGAAAAAUCAAGGUGUGGGAUUUGGUAGCAGCACUGGAUCCUCGAGCAUUGGCGAGUACUCUCUGCCUGCGAACACUGGUGGAGCACACUGGUCGGGUAUUUCGCCUUCAGUUCGAUGAGUUCCAGAUUGUCUCAUCGUCCCACGAUGACACGAUACUGAUAUGGGAUUUCCUCAACUGCACCGAUUCAAAGGGCACCGAGGGAAAUUCACAAGUCGUACCUACGACAGUCCCUAGCCAAGUCGACACCAGAUCUCCUUCUCCGUUCGAGUGACGUAUCAAAAUAAAAAUUCCUCUAUUGUGAUACACCUAUAAAUGGUUAAUGCGUGAAUUCAAUGUGUUCACGGAGGCAUAUGACAGAAUUUUAACGGUAGGAGUUGUAAAUGUACACUGGAAACGGCUCAGCAAAAAGAUCGAAAUCAUCACAACUAAAUUUCUUCAGCACUGCUGCAAAAGAAGUAAGCGAGAUAAAAAUCUACAUCACAAAAAGAUUCUCAAAAAAAUGUAACGAAUAAUGCAAAUGAAAGAAAAAAAAAUACAUAAGAAGAAGAGAGAGGUAAAAAUUAGGUACUCAUGCAUCCCAUGGAUGUAAGACAAUUUGUGUUGUCAGCAUUGAAUGGAUUUACUUAUUUAUUUUUGGAAAAUCUUCUGCGCUCUAUGACACGUGAGAAGUUGAUUGAUCAUUUUCUUACAACUAAUAUUGAGGGUGGGAGAUAUUAAACCCGAUAAAAAGACGAGAAUCCUUGAAGACUUGAAAAAAAAUAAACAAUGACGCCACAGAAUUGUAAUAACGUAAAUUAAGUAGAAAUUUCGAAGAAGUAAAAAAAAUAAUGGAAAAAAAAAAUCAUUGAUAAUGAAUUUUAAAAUGAGCUGGCACUUAAUGAUAGUAGAUGUAUUAUAGUAACUUAUAACAGAAAUAAGAAAGAAAGAAAACAUUUUUUAUGUAAUUAAUUUAUAGUCAAAAAAUGAUGAACAAAGAUGAAUUGCUAAAAAAAACUGUUGUGAAAUGUCGUUUGUUUUCGGAGUACUUACUGUGUAUGAAUGAUCAUUCUAAUGAUUGUAACAAAGGUUGAACUUUUGAGAUAUUCAAAUCAGAUUUAUUCAAUCGUAACAAUGCCAAUUUAUCUAGCAAUGCAUUGCUAAUUACUGUCACGUUUUUAUUUUUUCUUUCUGUGUUAAACAUUGUGGCUCAAUUAAACGAGUGAACACUCCACAUAUACAAGGAAAUCAUUUAAAAUGAAAAUUCUGUAAAAAAAAAACUAGGAUAAUUUCAAUUUUUUAAUUUUUUCAUCAAUUUUAUAACUAUCAAUAUUUUCCCUAAAAAGUUGAUGAAAAAACGGUGAUUUAUAAAGUUUGCUUAGAUAAUUGUACAUUCUUCGUUAUUUAAAAAGAAAACCCACAAAAUUGUAGACUUUUAGUGCCGUUAUAAGAAUGUAAGGGGUGAAAAUGUGAAGAGGGAUUUAAUUUUAGUCAAUCAUCACACAUAAACACAUCCCUAAUGUUCCAUUAAGUGAUUUAAUAUUUUUCAUCAUCUUAUCAUUCAUUUUUCCCCCCUGCCAUUUAUCAACUUAAAUCAUUUCACUCAACUAAGCCAAUAAUAAUAUUUGUGAAAUUGACAUAAUCAGCAUCACGACAUCACCAAACUUACUCAUUCAUUGAUUAAUCCAAUUAAAUUAUGAAGGAGCAAGGUUUAAAUUAUUGAAUAAAAUUUUUGAAGCUUCGAAAUUUUUGAAAAAAUUUGCGAGUGUGAAGAGGAUGAUAGUUGAUUGUAGACGUAAGUGACAUGUAUUCUGAAAUAUAAUGAUCAUGCGUUCAAUUGGA